AUGGUUAAGCUAGCUAACACUAAAAUUCGUAUAUUACUUGCUAAGUUUUGCUUAAAGUAUAAAAAAACAGCUAAUUUAACCAGCCAACCACAUCACAGUUUUGUUCAGAAUAUAAAAGGUAUAUAUCCUGUGGCACAGAGAGAUGUUCAAUCAAAAUUAACACUUUUCAUGGCAUUUAAUUCUGGCAGUCCACAUUCCAGACCUGGAUCAAGCAGCAGCCGAUCAUCAAGUAUAGUUCGAAGCUGUAGGGACAGUUUUGUAUCUGAAUUAGAAUACCUACCACCAGAGGAUGUCACAACAAAACCUUUUAAAUAUUCUGAAGAGGUGUUGGAUGUGGUAGAUAUGGAUGAAUAUGAAGAAAGUUCUGAUGAAGUUCUGCAAUCCAAGUGUAUUGAAGGAAAUUUAAAUGAAAAAAACCUUGUGAGUGAAACAGAAACUGAAUCCAAUGACACCAAUGAAAACACGGAAAGUAAAGAAGUUGAUCGAAGGGUCAAACGAGGAUUAAAAAAGAUUCAAAAAUUGGAUAAAGUUUUAGCGGAAAAAUUGGAAGAGGAGAGAGAAGUAAAGAAAGAAAGACGUGCUCUUGAGAAAGAAUUUCAAACACAAGUACAGGAGUUACUAAAAGAGAAAGGUUCAGAAAAAAUAUGUGGUUCGCAGCAACUGUUAUCCUUAUGUAGCAGUACUGAUAGACCUGACAUUAUCGAGGAAAACAUCGCAUCAAUAUUUACUACGCAACUAAAUGCUGAAUAUUAUCAAGACGAAAGAAAAUUGCCACAGCAGAAAAAUGACCUCAAAGGUGAAGAUCCCAGGGAGGGUACACCAGAUAAGAAAGAUAAAAAGAAGACUAGAGAUUUUAUAAAAAGAAAUAUACAACUUGCUUCCCAAGCGAACGAACUAAUACAGUUAACAGAAGAAGAACGCAAAAGGCUGGACGAGCUUUUAGCUGAUGAUAGCGAUUUGCUACUAGUUGAUAAUCCGUUCACUGUUCCAUCUUUAUCAAUCAGCGGCUUUCAAUUCUCGAAAGAAGAACAGACUGCAUUGGAGUCAAUCGAUACAAAGCUGAAGGAAUAUCUCCCUGACGAGGAUUAUCGUUUUGCAAUUCUAGACGAGGAACUCUCUGAUGAUGUUUCAAUCAUUGCUGAAUCUGUAAGAACGGAAACAUUACGAAAUGAUCUAUGUGAAAAUAAUGAAGUUAAUUGUGGCGAGAGAGUUCUGCAAGACGAACAAAACGAAAGAUCUAUGCUUAGCAGAUUAAACGAUAUUGAAGCAAGACUUAAAAGUUUGCGAUUAGAAGAAGACGAUAAUCACGCGAACAUCGAUCCCGAAUUACUACGACGAUUGCUUGAUGUUGAUUCUCGGCUAACGUCGUCGUCGACGAGUAUCUGUGAUAGUUUACGCUCAGGAUCAACGUUCUUACACGAUGUCGACAUAUGCAGUGUUAGCUCACAGAGUGUUACUGGACUUGAUACUAGAAGAACACCUGUGACUAUCACGUGACCUUUAUUAUCGCAGUCUCUAUUAUAAAGUUUUUUGAUGAUUAUCGUAAUACAUACGUACAAUACUUAUUUUUUAGGCUUAUUUACCUUUUAUGAUUUUCUUUUACGCAAUGAAGAAUUUUGAUUUUAGCCAUAUGUUAUGUACAUCUCGAAGUUGAAUAAAUAUAUUAUGCAUAUUUAUUUUAGA